ACACUAAAUUCCUAUAGAAGGCAGGUGCUCCUGUCUCAACCCCAUCAUACCGCACCAUUUUAUACCCACUAUCCCACCUUUACACUGAAUUUGGAGCUUUAUGAAGUAAACUCUCUGUAGUUCCUUAUCCAUGUCUGAGUAAAGGUGGACUCUUGUGGGAUUUUCACUGAUGAUCAAUAGAAGUUUCUCCAGGGGUGAAGUAAAAAGUUUGGAUUGAGCUUGGGUUUAGUUGUAAUCUACUCAAGAUUAGUUCUUUUACAUUUGAUGGAGUCUUGGAGCUGUACUUCUGAAGGGAAGGGUUUUGUAACUGAUGAAACAGUUUCUCAUACUGAUUCUCUUGCUAGAACUAGAAGUGCUUUGAUGGGUUGUGAUUCGAAAAUCCCAUGUACUUGUGAAAGUCAAGGUUUUGGGGAAUUGGGUUUGCCAGAAAUGUUGGGGAGACAUUUACCAAGAAGUACAACAAGUAUGGGUUCCCUAAAUUCAUUUUUUGGGGAAGACGAAUCCUCUUCAAAGCUUUCAAGCUCUAUUGUUGAAUCCAACAGCAGGGAUUCUUCACUCUUUGAUUUAAAACUAGAUGCUUAUACUUUUAAGUCAUUGAAAGGAGCUUCAUUUUUUUCUUCAUCCGAGUCAUCUACACCUUCAAAGAGAAUGAAGGUAUCAGGAGUACACUCCCAGACUGCUCAUUGCCAGGUUCAUGGCUGCAACAAGGACCUCAGCUCCUCCAAGGACUACCACAAGAGGCAUAAAGUUUGUGAGGCUCACUCGAAGUCCUCCAAAGUCAUUGUUAAAGGCAUAGAACAAAGGUUUUGUCAGCAAUGUAGCAGGUUCCAUUUGCUGGCUGAAUUUGAUGAUGGUAAGCGCAGCUGUCGCAAACGCCUUGCCGGACACAAUGAGCGCCGGAGAAAACCUCAAGUUGGUAUUCAUUCUGGAAGAGAUGGGCGGUUGCUUCAGUCAUAUAACGGUAGCAGAUUUGCGUCUUUCGUCUGCCAGGAUAUACUCCCUAAUAGCAUUUUGGAUGCUGAGAUUUACAGAACUAGUGACUGGAGCAGGCAUAUAAAAGUCGAAGGCGGCACUCAGCAUAGCCCUUUACCAGGUGUGCCUGUAACAAAUGGGCAUACGUAUUUUAAACCAGUUAUCUCUUCUUAUGAAAUUGGCAAACAGUACCCACCAGUUCAUGUAUAUGGAACCAAUAGACAUCCUAGUGGAAGCAUACUCAGUGCGACUGGUAGUCACUAUCAACAUGAAAUGAGAAGCUUAAGUUCUGGUUCACGUUCUAUUGGUCAUGAGGGUGCUUUAGGAAGUGAAGGGUUCAAUGAUUUCCACACAACAGCAUCAACCGUGCAAGGAUUAUCACGCAUGCCAGACUCCGGUUGCGCUCUCUCUCUUCUGUCAUUCCAGUCCCAGAACUCUACAAGCUAUGCUUCAGAAAUUCCUAUUGCUCGUCCCUUGGUAAUGCCAGUCAGCCAUACACGUUACAACCUCAGCAUAGUUUCUGAUAAACGUUUCUCUCAAGGUUCCACAAGUGGGGUGUCAAAUAAAUUCCUUUCUUCAGGUCCCAUGACAAUAUCUAAUGGAAGUGAUGCUGAUGAUCUUGGAACAAAUGGGAUUUUCCCUAGAUUACAGUUUCUGAACGCCAAAGAUCGUCUGUCAUGUGGUGGAGGGACCACUGUUGACUUACUUCAACUUUCAUCAGAGCUCCAACCAGUUGAGGAUCAAUGAUAGGAGCAUAAUUUUUGAAGCAAAGAAAGAAAUAAGAGUAAAGGGAAGGAGAUUUGUGCAAUUCAUGGAAAUUUCAUGGACUCUUGACGAAUCAAGGAGAGUCCAAGCAUAGAGGCUGCGUUGGAGAUGAGUUUAUUCAGCAAAACAUGAUGACAAAGACUCCUAGUUCAAUCAGGUGUUUACCAAUGAUGAUUUCCAUUGAAGUCAAGGCAUUAGAGCCCAUCAAGGAAAUGUUUUAAAAGGCUGAGAAAGAGUUUUAAAAGGGAGCCGAGACGUCCAAGGGAAGGGGAUUCGCACACAAGAGAGAACAGCUGCACAAGAGGAAAAAAGAAGAAGAAAGCACAAAAGUCCGCAGAAGAGAUCGAUAUCUGGCAACAGAAGAUCGAUCGU